AUGUGUUCUUCUUGUCUUCACACAGAGGAUUCUAACGAAUCGAAACGCUCAGAUUACCAGUAUCUCAUUUGGGGAUUUCAGCGAAUUCUAGACGGAUUCUCAAACUCUAUUCAACAUCAGGUAAACGACACAAAAGAAUCGAGGAAAAUCAAUGGCGCUAGUUUCGACAACAGGAAACGAUGCCGCUGUGCCUCCACCAUCUUCUAUGAUACCCCUGCUACCCUCGAUAAAGCCGAAAGACUAUUAUCCGAAGCCGCAUCAUAUGGGUCCCAGUUAGUUGUCUUUCCGGAAGCAUUCAUAGGCGGAUACCCUCGAGGCUCAAAUUUUGGGGUCACAAUUGGAAACCGAACACUUAAGGGAAAAGAAGAUUUUCGCAAGUAUCAUGCUUCAGCCAUUAAUGUGCCUGGUCCGGAAGUUGAUCGAUUGGGGGCAAUGGCGGGGAAGUAUAAAGUGUUUUUGGUGAUGGGGGUUAUAGAAAAAGACGGAUAUACCCUUUAUUGUACGGUUUUGUUUUUUGAUAAUCAAGGAGGUUACCUUGGGAAGCAUAGGAAGCUAAUGCCAACGGCUUUGGAGAGGAUAAUUUGGGGAUUUGGCGAUGGGUCAACUGUGCCUGUUUUUGAUACUCAAAUUGGGAAAAUUGGUGCGGCUAUUUGUUGGGAGAAUAAAAUGCCAUUGUUAAGGACUGCAAUGUAUGCUAAAGGAAUUGAGAUAUACUGUGCACCAACAGCUGAUUCAAGGGAAAUUUGGCAAGCAUCAAUGACACAUAUUGCAUUAGAAGGGGGGUGUUUUGUUUUAUCUGCAAAUCAAUUUUGUAGAAGAAAAGAUUAUCCUCCUCCUCCAGAAUAUGUGUUUACUGGAACAGAAGAAGAUCUUACACCAGAAUCUGUUGUUUGUGCUGGUGGAAGUGUUAUAAUUUCACCAUCAGGAACUGUUCUUGCGGGACCCAAUUAUGAUGGGGAAGCACUUAUUACAGCUGAUUUAGAUCUUGGAGAAAUUGUGCGUGCGAAAUUUGAUUUUGAUGUGGUUGGACAUUACGCAAGACCCGAAGUUCUUAGCUUGAUUGUAAAGGAUGAUGCUGCAACACCUGUGUCUUUCACAUCUGAAAAGACCGAAGGCUCUCAAAAAUAAUUGUCGCAUUUGCAAAAUUUAUGUUUUCUUAACAUUCUGUAAUUUGAUUGCUACUUUUGUUUUCUUGAAUCUAGCCAUGUUGAAUUGUGUAUACUUAGCUGCGUUUGUUGUACAUGAUGAAUUUAUUAUUCAUCAACCUGCGGAUCUGCCCUUGAUUUUCUUUGAAUAAAUUAAUUGAACUUCUGAUGUUGAUGGGA